GUCGCGUCCCCCGGUCCCACGCAGUCUAGAGGCAGCUCGUGUGGCGUGAGCAUCGGAAAGACGAAAGCACUGUGACAUGGCGGAACAGGCAGCGAAGAUCUCGCAGCAGAGGAGCUGCAAAGGUCAUGGUUGUGGUCCUGGCUAUGCAUCUCCCUUGGAAGCUAUGCGGUGUGGACCUCGAGAAAAAAUUGUGUAUGUACCUUGCAUUCAGCCUGCUGAAGCUCGCAAGACUAAACCAGACUUCUUGGCAACUGUUGACAUUGAUCCUCAUAGUCCUACAUUCUGCCAGGUAAUACAUCGUCUGCCAAUGCCUUACCUAGGUGAUGAACUCCAUCACUCAGGAUGGAAUGUUUGUAGUAGCUGCCAUGAAGAUUCAACAAAAUGUAGAGACAAGCUGAUUUUGCCAUCACUUGGCAGUUCAAGAGUGUAUGUUAUCGAUGUUGGAACCAAUGAGAGAGCACCUCGAAUACACAAGGUUGUAGAUCCUCAAGAUAUAAUAAGUCAACUUGAUGUUACUGCACUUCACACAACGCAUUGCCUUCCAACUGGAGAAAUAAUGAUAUCUACAUUGGGUGACAGCAAUGAUGAAGGAAAAGGAAAUUUUCUUCUUCUUGAUGCAGAAGCUUUUGAGAUUAAAAAACUGUGGGCUAAUAAGGAGGAUGAAACACCCUUUGGUUAUGAUUACUGGUAUCAGCCAUUCCAUGAUGUACUAGUCUCAUCAGAAUGGGCAUCACCAAAAGCAUUCAAGUAUGGAUUCAAACCCGAAGAUGGAAUGAAUCCAGCUGUUUAUGGACGUCAUUUAAAUUUUUUUUCGUGGAGCACGCACAAGAAGAUUCAGAGUAUUGAUCUCGGAGAGGAGGGAAUUGCACCACUAGAAGUGCGUUUCUUGCAUAACCCACGCAGCCGUAUUGGAUAUGUUGGCUGUGCUCUUGGCUCAACAAUUUUCCGAUUUAUCAAAAAGGUUGAUGGUACUUGGGCAGCUGAAAAGGUUAUCAGUGUACCCAGCAAAAAAGUGUCAGGCUGGCAAAUGCCAGUAAUGCCUGGUCUUGUGACUGACAUCAUUAUAUCAUUAGAUGAUCGUUACUUGUACUUCUGUAACUGGCUUCAUGGGGACAUACGUCAGUUUGACAUUACAGACACAGCUCACCCAAAGCUUGUGGGACAAAUUUUCUUGGGAGGCAGUAUUGUAAAAGGUGGUCCAGUUCAAGUGACAGAAGAUAGUGAGUUAACGGAACAGCCUGAUCCAUUGUUUGUAAAAGGAAAAAGACUGUAUGGUUCACCACAAAUGCUGCAACUUAGUUUGGAUGGAAAAAGGUUAUAUGUCACCUCAUCUUUACACAGUGCUUGGGACUGGCAGUUCUAUCCUGAUAUGGUCAAACAUGGUUCAUACAUGCUGAAACUACGUGUAAACACAGAGAAAGGGGGCCUCACUCUGGAUAAAGACUUCCUUGUGGAGUUCAGAGAUGAAACAGGUGGACCCGUCAGUGCACAUGAGAUUCGGUAUCCAGGCGGUGACUGUACGUCAGACAUUUGGCUGGUGUGCGAUGAGUGAUCUGCAAAUCCACCAUGAAACAAGUUGUACUAACGAGGCCCUCACAGAAACUUGGGGAAUUGCGUGUGUGAUAGUUUGUCAUCGUGCUUCAGCUUACCUGGAUUAAUCACACCAUAAUGGGAAAACUGCACUUAUCAGCAAACUAAUACUUAAGUGAGAUAUCUAUGCAAAUAACAGAGGAAACAUUUAUGACCAGUAAACACUUUAACAUUAUUUUCUGUUAAUUUAAAUGAAGCUGUAUUCUGAGAUUUUAGAAUUUUUUGUAUGUUUCAUUUUAAAAUUUGUAUUUCACUGUUGAAGAAAUAAAUCGCAUUGCUGUGUA